CGACGGCGGGGGGUGGGGGGGGGGGUCGCGCCACAGAAGAGGUUAACGAAAAGUGGUGUCAGUCGCUCACGGUCUUGAUAACGGGCAGAGAGAGAAAAACAGCGAUGUGAAGGUGAUUGGGCACUGCGGGGGUCCAGACAUGGAUUUAUUGGGAAUAUUGAUCUUUCAUCUUUACUAUUUGUCAAAUUCAGGUUUAAUCGAGGCGUUGUUGGACUUGACAUUAAUAAACUCAAGCCCCCUGAUCUCCACAUCAGAAACCUCGUUGGUGUGUGUUCCCGAUGGCAAACCUAUUCCAGACCACAUUUCCAUAGCUCGGGGCAUUGAUGCCUUUGUUGAUCAAUCGAGGAGCCCUGUGGAGCAGAGCAAGACUAAAAACUAUUCAUCGAAAGUUGUGUGGAGGAACGAUGAGCAAAAUGAUAGCGUUGGAAUAUUCUUUUGUGAGGGAAGAUUUAAAGAAGAGGUCACCACAAUAACUACAGUUAAGAUGUCACAGCAAGCGCAUUUCUUCCCAGAAGUAUUUUCUGUUACUGCAAAUAAGGGUGAAAAUGUGACAAUUCGAUUCAAACGACAGCUCCAGAUAGAUGCUGAUGUUAUGAUCUAUAAAAAUGAUGCAUUUAUCUCGUCUGUGCCCCAAGAUGAUGUUGCCCACACGGUUGAAUACCCCUUCAAAUCAGUCACUGUAGAUGAUGCAGGUGUCUACUCUGCAUUUUUGAUUGGAGGAAAUGUUUUAACGGCAGCAUUCACCCAGCUGAUAGUAAGAAAAUGUGAAGUUGACAAGUGGGGAUCUGACUGCACAAAGCACUGUCCAGUCUGUCUGAAUGGAGGAGUUUGCCAUGAUCAGACAGGAGAAUGCAUCUGCCCACCAGGCUUCAUGGGGGAACGAUGUGAAACAGCAUGUGGGCAAAGUACGUACGGGAGGAGCUGCAGAAUAUGCAAGGGAGGAAACUGUCGUUUCUCCAUGUUCUGCUUACCUGAUCCUUACGGCUGCUCUUGCGCUACUGGAUGGAGAGGACUUCAGUGUGAUAAAGCCUGUGACCCUGGAUUUUAUGGGCCUGACUGUCGGCUGAAGUGUGAGUGCAUCAACGGAGGAACGUGUGAUCGUUUCCAAGGGUGCCUGUGCCCCCAACAAUGGCAGGGCCUACACUGCGAGAAAGAAGGUUUUGGUGAAGUGCCCCUUCAGCUGGUGAAUCCUGGUGACAAUAUCGAGGUGAACACUGGAAUGAACUUACGUCUCAACUGUACUGCGAGAGGGCACCCGCUUCCAGUGCAUGGUGACAUUCAGCUCCUAAUACCACAUCGAGGGGAAGUUAAUCCCACAAGGACAAUAACGCGUCCAGUCAAUCAGACCAUCACAUUCUUCGAAGUGUUGAAAAUGUCACCGUCAGAUUCAGGAGAGUGGAUCUGCCGUGUCAAAACAGCAGUUGGAGUUGCUGUGAGGCCAUUUAAUGUGUCUGUCAAAGUCCCUCCUUCACCACAGACCCCUCCAACUAAAGCCAAUAGUGGCACUCGAUAUAUUAUUGUUAAAGCCAAUGUUGAGCCACAUAUUGGAGAUGGGCCAAUCAUCCUAACAAGAUUACUGUAUAAACCUGCUGGAGGACUAGAGUCAUGGUCAUCAGUUGAAGUAACAGAUUCAUCAGAAGUGGUGAAACUGGACAAUCUACAGCCAAUGUGCCAGUAUAAUGUGUGUGUACAGCUAAGCCGACCAGGAGAUGGGGGAGAAGGACACCCUGGUCCAGUGGCAAGUUUUUGGACUGACUGCCCAACUCUUCCUGCUCCACUGGGUUUUAAAGUUCUGCCCAAAAGCCAAACGUCGCUUCUGUUAACAUGGCAGCCAGUCCCCGGAAGCAUGGAGGAAAUCACCUACCAUAUAGAGUGUCAAGCAGCCAAUGACAGUAAAGGGAAGCCCACUACCCUGGAGGUUCCCGGCAAUCAGUCCAGCCUGGAAAUCGAGGGCCUGCAGCCUAAGCAGCAGUACCAGUGUCGAGUGCGGGCACAAACUAAUUCAGUGGGAGAAUGGUGUGACAUGGUAACGUCGUGGACAUACAGCAACAAACAGCCUCCUGCUCCUGCCAACGUCAAGAUUUUUAAUAUCUCAGACUCCUCGGCUUUUAUCUCCUGGUUAAUCGAAGAUGGCAACUCGAUAUCAUCUAUCGUCAUACGUUACAAAAUCUAUGGGGCGGAGGAUUACACUCAGGAGACAGAAAUCAAUGUGAGAGAGAACCUUGUUUCACAAUUCCAGCUGCGGGGGCUGGAGGCAAACUCACCGUACCUGGUGGAAAUCUAUGCAAAGAAUAACAUUGGAGAGAGUCACCCUAACCCAACCAUGGAAUUACAUACGCUGCCAGAAUCUGCAGCUGAGUACUACAGACGUCAGCAAGAGGGGAGGCUGCUGCUGUACGCCAUCCUGGGAUCAGCAGGAAUGACUUGUCUGACAAUCCUAUUAGCCUUUUGCAUUGUGCUUCACUUCAAGAGGAACAACUUCCAACGGAGAAUGGUACAAGCUUUCCAAAACAGCUCGAGGGAGGAGCCUAUUAUUCAGUUUAAUUCAGGGACCCUCACUUUGACCAGGAAACCAAAGCCUCAGCUGAGAAUGCCGAUUGUUUAUCCUGUCCUCCAUUGGGAUGAUAUCAAAUUUGAAGACAUUAUUGGUGAAGGAAAUUUUGGACAGGUCUUGAAGGCUCGAAUUAAGAAGGAUGGACACAAGAUGAAUGCAGCCAUUAAAAGAAUGAAAGAAUAUGCCUCCAAAGAUGAUCACCGAGACUUUGCUGGUGAACUGGAAGUUCUUUGCAGACUUGGACAUCACCCAAACAUAAUUAAUCUGCUGGGAGCCUGUGAACACAGAGGAUAUUUGUAUGUGGCGAUUGAAUUUGCACCACAUGGAAAUUUGUUGGACUUUCUACGCAACAGCAGAGUGCUUGACACUGACCCAGCCUAUGCUAUUGCCCAUGGCACUGCCUCCACCCUCUCCUCCCAGCAGUUGCUGCAGUUCGCGGCUGAUGUGACAAAGGGCAUGGAUUACCUCAGCCAAAAACAGUUUAUUCACAGAGACUUGGCAGCAAGAAAUGUUCUUGUGGGAGACAACUAUGUGGCAAAGAUUGCAGAUUUUGGACUGUCCAGAGGGAAGGAAGUUUAUGUGAAAAAAACAAUGGGAAGGCUGCCAGUUCGAUGGAUGGCCAUUGAAUCUUUAAAUUACAGUGUUUAUACAACAAACAGUGAUGUAUGGUCAUAUGGAGUUCUCUUGUGGGAGAUUGUUAGUCUAGGAGGCACCCCCUAUUGUGGAAUGACCUGUGCUGAACUUUAUGAGAAAUUGCCCCUUGGGUAUCGGAUGGAAAAACCGCUCAACUGCGUUGAUGAAGUAUAUGAGUUAAUGUUGCAGUGCUGGCGUGAGAAGCCUUAUGAGAGACCAACAUUCGCUCAAAUCCUGGUGUCCCUCAAUAGGAUGCUUGAGGAAAGGAAGACCUACGUGAACACAACACUGUUCGAGAAAUUCACCUAUGCAGGCAUCGACUGCUCUGCUGAAGAGGCUGGGUGAACACUCCACAGGACAAAAAGAGUCAUGAAAGAUGAACUAAAUUGUGUUUUGUAAACUUUUGUAAAAUACAGAAUGGCCAACAUAUACAAUUCACUAUAGUAUGUUAUUUUUGUGGAAAUAUGGAACUGAUUGUUUGGCUAAGGAUUACCGAUCAAAGUAAGUUCACAAAGAACGAGUGUCACUAUCAGGACUUCAUUUUCAAAAUGGUUUACAAAUCAUUAUUGUUGCUUUUAUAUACUUUUGGAAUUUUUGGGAUUGUACAAAGUAAGUGAGCUGACCAGGAAUCUACUUGGGAUAUUCACAUCAGGAAAGAUAGUCGUUAAUCUAAAUGUGCUUCAGCUUUAACCCGAUGUAUGCAUUACUUUUCCAAACUCCCAGGGAAGUCAGAAGCAAUGUUGUUGAAACAAGAUUGUCUCAUAAAUUCGGUCAUAGGCCUUGAACUUAUGCUGUAGAAUGAUGGGCACAAACACCUGCAUUUGCAUAUGAAAUUCCUCCUUCCUUUUCCUUUAGUGAAGAUGUCAAUCCGUGUAUUUUAAUUUAAACUGGUAGCAAGUGCGAUUUAAAUGAAUCUGUUAAGGAUUUAUACCUUAUUAUCCCACAUUUUAAUCUUAAGGCUGCAAGGGAAAAAAGAAUCAACAAGAUGACAGUAGUAAACAAUUAGAGGUUAGAAUUAAUUAUAAAAAAAAAUAGACUUGCACCUCUCAGGAACUCAGGAAAUACCAAAGCAUUUCACAGACAAUGAGGUAUUUUUGGAAUUGCAGUCACUGUUGUAAUGUAGGGAAUGCAGCAGCCAAUUUGCAUGUAACACAGACAGGAAUCUGCUCAUGACCAAAUGAUCAGUUUUAGUGAUGUUGGUAAAGGGAUAAAUUUUGGUGCCAGGACACCGGGGAAGAACACCAGUACUUUUUGAGUAGUGCCAUAGAACCUUCUACAUCCACCUGAGAGGGAGGAUGAGGCCUAGAUUAACUACCUCAUCCAAAAUAUGAUGCUUUGUAAUUGUCCAGUGUAGAAAAGGAGUCUAAUUGGAGUUAACUGAUCAAACUGAAACUUGUGAGCCUUUGAUUUUUGUGCCUAUGAUGGAGCUGGGUGGGUUUUUAGGAAGACUGUUGGGUUGAUUUAAACCUAGAAGAUGGAACUGUAUAGUAUUUAAAACUUGUGUCAUUUGAGAUAUCUCCAUGUCUGCCAGUUAUCACUUUGUAUAUAGUUCUUGGAGCCUCCACGUUAACCUUGAAUAAGAAACAGUGUAGUUUGCAGUUGGACUUGUUCUGCAGUUUUAAUUAUAAGGGUUCAGGUUUCUUUUGGUGGCCAAUCCGGUGACUAAACUACUUUUUAAGUUUGUAGCAACCUCUAGUUUCUGCAGUGUUUGUGAAUGAGGGUAAAAGUUAACAUUUAGAAGGGACAGUCAGCCACAUGACAGAAAUGAUGAGUGUCCGGAUAUUAGUUUCUAAUGUUUAUUAAAUGCCUUUUGCUAUUUUCAGAACCAGUGAAUUUCAACUCUUUUGUUAAUCCAGAAAAUACUGACAUCCUCGUGCUUUUUGGAUUUCAAACAAUAUGUAAAAAAAAAAUGGUAUUGAAUGUUUGAGUUUGUGAACCAGGCCUAUUUGAUUGCAGUUAAACAGUUUAUUAAUGCUGGCAUAGCCAUAUAUACUCAAAAGGUAUUAUUUUUAAUCUGCUUUUGUGAUUAUUGUAUCAACAUUUGAGAGUCUGGCUACCUGCAUGCAUGUGUAAUAUUUACAACUAUUUGUAAGCAUUUCCUCUGAGUUACAAGCUGCAUGGAUAUUUUAGCUGAAAGUUUAUUUAGAAAGGACAGCAAUGAGACAUAUUUCACUGUGUCACUUGUUAAUCAUGGUUCCAGCUUCCUUUCGGCUAUGCUGGUUUUGAUCGAUCUCCUGCAAAAACAGUUACAUUUCUUAAAAUUCUUUUUGAAAAGAUAAUAAAUGUUUCCUUGUUUUUAA